AUGGGCAACUGCUGCGCGUACCUGGGCCCGCAGAAGAACACCAAUGUCCGGAUCAGCCUGCCCGCCGUGUGCUUCGUGUGGCAGAUCGCUAUGAUCGUGCUGUUCGGCGUCUUCAUCCGCUAUGACGAGGAGUCUGAUACCCACUGGGUGGAACACAGGCGCAGGAAAAACAUCACCAGUGACAUCGAGAAUGACUUCUACUUCAGAUACCCCAGCUUCCAAGAUGUCCAUGUCAUGAUCUUUGUUGGAUUCGGUUUCCUUAUGACGUACCUGAAGCGGUACAGUUUUAGUGGAGUGGGUUUUAACUUCCUGAUUGCAUCCUUCGGUCUGCAGUGGGCUCUUCUCAUGCAGGGCUGGUUCCACUCUCUCGAUCCCGCCACGGGGAAAGUCUCCAUUGGUAUUGAAAGUUUGAUCAAUGCUGACUUCUGCUGCGCUGGUUCUCUGAUCGCCUAUGGUGCGCUCCUGGGUAAAGUCAGCCCUGUCCAGCUGUUGGUGGUCACUUUGUUUGGCGUUACACUGUUUGCUGUGGAAGAAUACAUCAUCCUCGACCUCCUUCAUUGUCGUGAUGCUGGUGGCUCCAUGGUCAUCCAUUGUUUUGGCGGUUACUACGGUCUGGCCAUCUCCUGGGUCCUGUAUCGGCCCAAUUUACACCAAAGCAAGCAACUCAUAGGUUCUGUCUACCACUCUGAUAUGUUUGCAAUGAUUGGGACACUGUUUCUGUGGAUGUUCUGGCCAAGUUUCAACUCUGCCAUCACAGACCACGGAGACGGACAGCACCGAACUGCCAUAAACACCUACCUGGCCCUGGCCUCGUGUGUGCUCACCACUGUGGCCAUCUCCAGCAUAUCUCAGAAGAAAGGGAAGCUGGACAUGGUGCAUAUCCAGAAUGCCACGCUGGCUGGCGGCGUGGCCAUGGGAACUGCUGCAGAGUUCAUGAUUAUGCCUUAUGGAGCUCUGAUUGUCGGCUUCUGCUGUGGCAUCAUAUCGACAUUUGGCUACCUCUUUAUCACCCCGUUUCUGGAGAAGUACUUGAAGCUUCAGGACACGUGUGGAGUUCACAACUUGCAUGCGAUGCCAGGCAUGCUUGGUGGGUUUGUGGGGGCCAUUGUGGCUGCUGCUGCGAGUGAAAGUGUCUAUGGAAAAGAGGGUUUGACCAACACUUUUAACUUUGUGGGGGAAUUUAAAACCCGAGGAGUUGGAACACAGGGUGGAUUCCAGGCUGCAGGCACAUGUGUCUCUAUCGCCUUUGGGCUGAUUGGAGGUGCUAUUGUUGGUUUUAUCUUGAAGUUUCCAAUUUGGGGAGAUCCAGCUGAUGACAACUGCUACGAUGAUGAAGUCUAUUGGGAGGUUCCUGAAGAUGAAGAGUCAAUUCCUCCUGUGCUAGAAUACAACAACCACAUGAUGCACAAGCACCAAGACAUAGCUGAAUCAAACUUCUCAGUGGAGCAAAGUUAA